AUGCAAGACAGCCCUCUUCCACGUGCAGCCUCCGGGUUCCUCCUGAGCCCUCCUGGCCCGCAGCAGAGGGGUCCUCCCCAGAGGCCAGAGGGCUUGGAGGCACAGAGACCCGGCCAGCUGCGCUCCGCCUACCUGCCCGUUUGCCCAGCCGAUGAAGAAGCCCAGCUUGCCCAAGAGAAGGUGGACUCCCUGCGGAUGAGGUUCCUGAUCGUGGGCCGGAGCAGCACUGACAUCUUGCACCGUCUGGAGCAGACCCUGGAGGCCUCCUCCCGUCUGCAGCCCCCCCAGGAGGACCUGGCCCUGUGGCUGUGCCGCAUGGAACGGGAACUGUCCCCCCAGGGCAGGCAGCCUGGAGACGGGCCUCGUCCCGUCAGCACUGCGGAUAGAGAGAAGUUUGAGCAGGCUCUGGGGUCUGAAGAGGCCCACGUGUCCCGCCUCAGGAAGCGCCUGGAAGAGCUGGCCAAAGUCCACCUAGAUGCCCACGCCAUCCACGUGCAGGUCUCCGAUCAGAAGCUCCUGGCUGCAGAGAUCCUGCGCCACCAUGGCCUGGUGGAACGGCUUGUGGCUAUAGCAGACCCACUGCUCCUCUCCUGCCCUCCGGCUGAGCAACAGCAGCUCCAGCCAUUGGUACAGCCGCUGCAGGAACAGGCAGAGCGCCUCUUGUGUCAGAGUUCAGCCUGCACCAUGCAGCUGGAGCAUGCCCAGUUGCUGCUGGCCCAGUAUGCAGAGGCCCAGGAGGAGCUCUUCCCAUGGCUGGAAGAGACCCAGCAGGCAGUGGGGCGCUUCUCUCCAGACGCCAUCGGCUGCGACACCCUCAAGGACCAGCAGGAGCUGCUGCAGUGUCUUCGGGAGGCCAUUGCGGAACACAGGCCCUUGAUGACCAAGCUGCAGCGUGUGUCCGCGCAGCUAGCCCAGCUCUGCCCACAGGAGGCGGCCCCCUUCCAGCAGGGCUGGCAACUGGCGGAGGAGCAGUACGGGGGCAUCCGGGAGCAUGUCCGCCAGGCUGCGUCCGUUUUGGAAGAUGCUCUCCCCCGCUACGGCCAGCUGUCGGAGCGCCUGGAACUGAUGGCGGAGUGCCUGGAGAGGCUGCAGAGCCAGGAGCCGAACCCGCCUGUGGUGCGGGGGGACUUGGCGUGGCUGCGGGAGCAAGUGAGAGGCAACAGCCUCAGGCUGGCCGAACUGGAGCAGCUUGCCGUGGCUCUGGAGACCCUCCGUGGGCAGCGGGAUGAGCUGCUGGCCACCAUGCAGGCUGGUGCAAGCGCAGGGAUCCAGGCUCGCGUGGAGCAGCUUCAGAGCCGAUGGCAAGGGCUGUGGCAGCAAGCGGAGGAGCGGGAGAGCUGGCUUCAGGGCCUGCUGGCGCUGGCUGACCGCUUCUGGCGUGGGCUGUCCAGCCUGGGGGCCAGCGUGGGCGACGCCCAGCAGGUGCUGCUGGACCUGGAGGAGGCCCCCUCGGACCCCGAGGCCGUUCGGGCCAAGCUCGGGACCAUGCAGGUGCUGCGAGAGGAGAUUGACGCUCUGCAGAGCGAGCUGGAUUCCUUGGGUGUCUUGGGCACGCAGCUGAUGUCCUCCUGCGGAGACGGGGACAAGCCAGAUGUCACCAAGAGCUUGGACGAUCUUUACUCCUCCUGGAGCAGCCUCAGCAAGAUGUGGACGGAGCGGCAAGGCCGGCUGGCGGAGCAGCUGCAGGCCUCCCUCCUGUGCCGGGAGACUGUGGAGAGGCUGUUGGGCUGGAUGGAGACAGCGGAGCAGCGGAUUGCAGAGGCGUUCCUGGUGGGAGGGGAGCCAAGUGUGGCCAAGCAGCAGCUGCUGGAGCUGAAGGACUUCAAACGAGAGCUGUACCAGUGCAGGGUGGAUCUGGAAAGCCUGCCCCACCGCGGGGGGACCCCGAACGCCACCAGCGGCUUGCGAGAGCGCUGGCACCGCCUGGAGGAGGAGAUUGUGGGCCGGCAGCAUCAGCUGGAAGACGCCCUCCUGGGCCUGGGCCAGUUCCAGAGCCAGCUGGAAGAGCUGCUGCUCUGGCUUCUGCACACCGUGGAGCAGUUGCAGGGCCCGCUGCCCCGCUGCCUGGACCUGCAGAGCUGCGAGAUUGAGCUGGCUAAGCACAAGGUGCUGCAGAACGACAUCCUGUCUCGCGCUCGCACGGUGCAGUCGGUGACUGAGGCUGGCCAAGGCUUGCUGCUCUCCGGUGGGGGGGUCUCCGCAGACGGCCUGCAGGGCAGCCUCCAGCAGCUCCACCAGCACUGGGACUUUGUGCUGGCCCAGAUGGCCAGUCGCCAGCUGGAACUGGAGAACAACCUCAGCCAGGUGCAGGACGUCACCUUGGAGGCCACAGAGCUGCUCCAGUGGCUGGACCACGUGGAAGUGCAGCUCUGCUCUGCCAAGCCCACCUGGGGCCACCUGGAGACUGCCAAGGACAAGCUGACAGCACACCUGGAGUUGUGCAAAGAGGCAGAAUCCAAGCAGCAAGCUUACAACCGAGUCCGGGACCAGCUGCAACAGCUGCUGGCCACCAGUCCUCCUGCCCGGCCCUCCAGCACGGAGCACAGCGUGAACAUCCUGGAGCAGAAAUGGAAGAGCGUCGCCAGCCUGGUCCAGGAGAGAAAGGAGCAGCUCAGCGAGGGCCUGGCGGCGACCACGGAGUUCCACUCCACCUCCCAGGAGCUGCUGUCGUGGGUGGGGGCUGCCGAAGAGGCCCUGGGGGCCCUGCCCCCUCCCAGCUAUGUCCUGGAAACAGUCACUUGCCAGAUACAGCAGCAGAAGGCUCUGCUCCAGGAUGCCCAUGCCCACCGGGAGAAGCUGGCUGGUCUGGAGGCAGCGGCUGCCCGCAUGAAGGACUUUGGCCAGAAGCAGGACGGAGGGGUCACCCACAGCGUCGUGCUGGCUGCCAAGGAGCGGCUGGCCAAUGUGCUUCAGCACGCCAGCGAGAGGGGCAGAGUCUUGGAAGAGGCCCGCAAACAAGCCAAGCAGUUUUACGAGUCUUGGCAGCUACUUCUUGACUGGCUGGAUGGAGCAGAGGCCACUUUGGAGAUGCCCAGCAGUGCCAUGAAGACCCCGGAGGAGAUCAAGGGCCGCCUCGGAGAGCACAAGGAGUUCCAGAAGGGGCUUCGCACCAAGCGCCCAGUGUAUGAGGCAGCCCUGCGGAACGGGCGCUUGCUCUGUGAGAGGGCCCUGCUCCCUGCCGAUGUUCAGGCGCUGGAUGAGAUGCUGGCCGAGCUGAAAGGGCGCUGGGAUGCUGUGUGGAGCCUGGCUGCAGAGAGGCAGCACAAGCUGGAGGAAGCCUUGCUGUUCUCGGGCCACUUCCCCGAUGCCCUCCAGACCCUCAUGGACUGGCUGUACCGGGCCGAGCCGCAGCUGGCUGAGGAGACACCCGUGGCGGGUGACCGAGACGUGGUCAGCGCCCUCCUGGAUAAGCACAAGGUGUUCCAGAAGGAGCUGGGGCAGCGGGCCAGCUGCAUCCGGACCCUUAGGCGUUCCGUGCGCGACCUGAUGCGGGGCAGCCGUGCGGGCGAGUCCCAGUGGCUGCAGAACCAGAUUGAGGAGCUGGGCCAUCGCUGGGAGCUGGUCUGCAAGCUCUCGGUCUCCAAGCAGGCACGCCUGGAGGCUGCGCUGCAGCAGGCCGAGGAGUUCCACCGGUUGGUGCAUUCUUUCUUGGGCCACCUGUCCGAGGCAGAGAAAACGAUCAAGUGUGGAGCCUUGCCAGAGGAGGCGGGGGCUGUGCAGGAGUGCCGGGGCCAGCUGGAGGAGGCGAGGCAGAGCUUGCAGUGCCAGCAGCUAGAACUCGACUGCAUCACGUCGCUGGGGGAGGAGAUCCUGAGCACCUGCCACCCAGACUCGGUCGUCACGGUCAAAUCCUGGCUCACUGUCACGCAGAGCCGCUUCCAGGAGGUGCAGCGCUGGGCCCAGCAGCAGGACGAAAGGCUCCAGGCCCGGGCUGCCUCGCUGGCUGCAGAGCAGGAGGAAGUGGCCCAGCUGAUGGACUGGAUCGCGGCUGCCGAGGAGUCCUUGGGCCUGCGGGACCAGGAGCCCUUUCCAGAGGAUGCGGAGCAGCUGGAGGAGCUCAGCUCCCAGCAUGCGGACCCGUCCCCACCCCCAGCCCUUCCACUGCUGUCUGCUUCAUCCAGACGGAGCCCCCUCCUGGCCCAGCUGGGGCACCGCUGGCAGCAACUCUGGCUGCUGGCCCUGGACAGGCAGUAUCGGCUGCAGAAGGCCCAGCAGCACCUGCGCGAGGUGGAGGAGUUCUCCCACUUUGACUUUGCUGUCUGGCGAAAGCGUUACCUGCAGUGGAUCAGCCGCAUGAAGUCUCGGGCCCUGGAUGUGUUCCGGGGCAUUGACAGAGACCAGGACGGGCGCAUCACCCAACAGGAGUUCGUGGAGGGCGUCCUCUCCUCCAAAUUCCCCACCAAUGUGCUGGAGAUGAGUGCCGUGGCCAGCAUCUUCGACCUGAAUGGGGACGGCUACAUUGACUACUAUGAGUUUGUUAGCGCCCUGCACCCCAGCCGGGACAUUCUGCGCAGGAAUGCUGAUGCGGACCGGAUCCAAGACGAGGUGAAUAGGCAGGUGGCCCAAUGCAACUGUGCCAAGCGCUUCCAGGUGGAGCAGAUUAGUGCCAACAGAUACAGAUUUGGGGAGUCUCAGCAGCUGCGCAUGGUCCGCAUCCUGCGGAGCACUCUGAUGGUGAGAGUUGGUGGAGGCUGGAUUGCUCUGGACGAGUUCCUGGUGAAGAACGACCCCUGCAGAGUGAAGGGCAGGACCAACGUGAAGAUCAACGAGAAGUACCUGGCCCCCGACUCAGUGGCUGGCCAAGGGACUGCCAGCCUGUCUGCCGCCAGCUCCAAGGGGCUGUUGCCUGGCCUCUCCGCCUCCAGCCUUGGCCUCUACAGCAGCGCCUCUGCCCCCAGCAGCCCCCUCCCCAGGAAGGGGCCUCCCGCCUCUUCUCCCUUUGCUUCCAGACUUGCGUCUUGA